UUUCGAUCUCGAUUCGACCCGAUUGUCUUUGAUUUGAUUGAUCGAUUCGUGCUCAUUCACGAUUGUCAUUUUCGAUAUCAGUACAUCGUGUAUUCGCGUCACAAAGGGUUAUACUCAUUGUCACUAGUUUUUUCACUAUUUGUUUGUGUUUGUCUGGAGACCAAAUCAACAUCAGCAUCAUCAUCGUCAUCACUACCAUUAUCAUCUGUGAAAAAAAGGAGAAAUAGGAAUAGAAGUAAAAAUGUUCUCGUGGAUCAAUUCAAAUUCGAAUCGAAAAAAAAAUUCCGAACUCUAUGAAUCAGUUGUUGAAGGCCUUAAACGAAUAUACAAGACCAAAAUUUUACCAUUGGAAGAACAAUAUUUAUUUCAUGAAUUUCAUUCACCACCAUUUGAAGAUGCCGAUUUUGAUGCCAAACCAAUGGUACUAUUGGUGGGUCAAUAUUCAACUGGUAAAACCACAUUUAUCCGAUAUCUAUUGGAACGUGAUUUCCCCGGUAUCCGUAUCGGACCCGAACCAACUACUGAUCGUUUCAUUGCCGUAAUGUAUGGUGAACAAGAAGGAAUCAUUCCUGGGAAUGCAUUGGUUGUUGAUCCUAAAAAACAAUUCCGUCCAUUAGCCAAAUUUGGCAAUGCUUUCCUCAAUCGUCUUCAAUGUUCCAACGUCACUUCACCGAUACUGCAACAGAUUACUAUUGUUGAUACGCCAGGUAUUCUUUCCGGAGAAAAACAACGUGUUGAUCGUGGUUAUGAAUUUACCGGUGUACUUGAAUGGUUUGCCGAACGUGUAGAUCGAAUUAUCCUAUUGUUCGAUGCACAUAAAUUGGAUAUUUCCGAUGAGUUUCGACGCAGUAUUGAAGCCCUACGCGGACACGAUGACAAAAUUCGAAUCGUUUUGAAUAAAGCUGAUAUGAUUGAUCAACAACAAUUGAUGCGUGUCUAUGGAGCUUUGAUGUGGUCUUUGGGAAAAGUUUUGAACACUCCCGAAGUUGCACGUGUCUAUAUUGGGUCAUUCUGGGAUCAACCUCUUCAAUUCUCACAGAAUCGAAAAUUGUUCGAAGCAGAAGAACAGGAUCUAUUCAGUGAUAUUACAUCGUUGCCAAGGAAUGCAGCGUUACGUAAAUUAAAUGAUUUAAUUAAACGAGCUCGUUUGGCUAAGGUCCAUGCUUACAUUAUCAGUGCUCUGAAAAAAGAAAUGCCCAGUAUGUUUGGAAAAGAAAGUAAGAAGAAAGAAUUGAUCAAGAAUUUGGGCAACAUUUACCUUGAUAUUGAACGUGAAUAUGGUGUGCCAUCAGGUGAUUUUCCUGAUCUACAGGAAAUGCAGGAAAAAUUGUUGCAUCAUGAUUUUAUCAAAUUUCCGCCUUUGAAAAAACCAUUAUUGGAUUCAGUCGAUAAAAUGUUGGCUGAAGAUAUUGCGAAAUUGAUGUCUCUUAUACCACAGGAACAAUUGGACCAUAAGGAAGAAACUCAAGUAAAAGGUGGUGCCUUUGAUAGUGUUGUUGAAUCCCCAUUCGGAUAUAAACGUGGUGAAGGCGUUGAUGCUGGUUCAAUGGAACCGAGUCAUGUUUGGAUUGUCGAUAAAGAUAAACCGAAAUAUGAUGAAAUCUUCCAAUCAUUGAGUCCGAUCGAUAAUAAGAUAACUGGCGCAGCAGCCAAAACUGAACUGAUCAAAUCGAAUCUACCAAAUACAAUAUUGAGCCGAAUAUGGAAACUAUCCGAUUUGGACAAAGAUGGAAUGUUGGAUUCAGAAGAAUUUGCCUUGGCCAUGCAUUUGAUGCAAAUCAAAUUGAAUGGUCAUGAUUUACCACAAGAACUGCCUAGACAUUUGAUUCCACCAAAUCGUCGUAAAUGAUUUUUUUCUGCAAAAUCAAAUCAACAGUUUAAUCAAAGUUUUUCCACACGAAUUAGCCCACAUCCAAGUUUAUUAUAACGUCAAUUUACCCCCAAUCUGCAAUAACAUCUUAAUAUGGUAUUCACACAAACAAUAAUCAUUAAUAACAAUUAUUGUCCAUGUUGGUCGACUCAUUUAGUCGUAGCAUAAAUUUGUUUCAAUUUUUUUUCGGUGCAAAAUUUUAUGUCAUAUUUAAUGUCAAUA